GUAGCGAAUAUUGCAGCCAGGUUAUAAGCAAGGCACCUAUACAUCAAUCGAACGACACUAUGCCCAAUAUGAUUGCGGGACGCCGAUGGCACCAUAUGACCCACAAACAAAGUCCAUAUCGCUGAGCUGGAUGGGGCCAAGCGGAGUGGAGUUCAGUCGAAGUCACAAGACCGUUCAUGGUUACAUGCUUUUGCAGCAAGGCUUUCGGAAGGAAGGAACCCAAACGCAAACGAAACUUCCUACUGGGCGCUACUCUUGUUCGCAUCAAAAGCUGGUGAAACAUGAGUCGGUAGAGUUUUGGGUAGCAGGUUGCCGCGCAUCUAUGAUUUUUGAAUGUGGAAGAGACUCUGAGCUGUUUGGCUUGGUCGUUGUUUGCCGCGGUGAUGACCCAAUUGUUUGUGCUCGCACACGCUUAACAUUGUCCACGAUCCUCAUCGACAUCCUCCGGGUUUCCCUUUAUCUUUGCACGUUCUUCGACGACAGUGAAAGCGAACAAGAUUUUUUUUAUCUCGAGCUUUGCUCAUCGCCUCCAAAGGGACCAAGAGCGCUUUUGAGUUCGUUGCCUGGCUCAUCGUCACAACAAGCUUCGGCGUCGUCAAGUUCAACAUCGGCUUCUUCACCUGGUGCUGGUACUAGUAAAAUUGGUGCACCACCACCAACAGGACCAAGACUCCUGAAUGGUGUUCCAACUCAACCCCGAGGUAAACCGACCGGAAAGCCUUUUGUUAAUGGCUAUACUGGACCACCUAUAAUAAACGUACCGACAGGACCAAGAUCUACACAGAAGGGCAAGCAGGUUGAUUCAAUAUCGAAUUCAUCUGAAUCUGCUUCGCCAGUUCAUGAAACAUCACCUGUAGCAAGUUCAGCGACUGUUGCUGAUGGUGUUAGACCUCAUCAACCUGUAAAGAUAUCCUUUACAAUUAAUCGCAGAACUUCCCUCACCGAAUCACGUCCGAGACCACCACAACCAAUUGAAGAACCACCACCGCCACCACCGCCUUCAGGUCCGCCCCCACCGCCGCCGCCUUCAGAGGUACCACCACCACCACCACCUUCAGAAGUACCACCACCACCACCUUCAGAGGUACCACCACCACCACCACCACCACCUUCGCCUUCACCACCACCUACACCGUCACAAGAUUUGUCAGAUCACGCGCCCUCACCACCGCCCUCUAAAUCACCCUCACCUCCUCCUUCAGAACCUGUCGCAUCAUCAUCAUCAUCGAAACCACCUCCACCUGAAUUCUACUCACUACCUCCCCCUCCUCCAUGGCCGCCCUCCCGUUCCGAAUACCCCACUGGCAGCAACUUCAGAAUCAUUUAUGACCCUGCCAUCGACAAGGACCGCGACGGACGUUUUCGGGCUCUAAUCGAAAAGAUUCGAGCUAUCCAGGGCGAUGGUACAGAUGAACCCCGGAUCAAGGGCAAAGGAAAGGGAAAGGAGACGCUUACGCGGUAUAACGGAGAAGUGAUCGAAGGCGAGCCAGAACCUACCACAACCGAUCCCCGCAAGGCACCGGGUUUCAAGAAACGUCCCCACCGAGACACGUUCCAUGAAAUUCGGUAUGAAUAUGAUCCAAACUCAACAGGCCCACCGCCCCCCACAGCUGUGCUGAUCAUGAAUUUGUCACCGCUAACGCCCACGCAGCAGAUACGUCGCGUCUUCAGUGCACAUGGCAGGAUCUCCUCCUUUGAUCCGCAAAUUGACAUGGAGUCUGGGGUAGCGCUUGGCAUCGUGUUCAUUCGGUACCAGACACAUGAAGAGGCCAAGUCAUGUGUAGAGCGUACCCAUGGAAAGAAAUUUGGCACAGGCAUGGGAAUGGCUGACGGGGAGGAACUCAAGGUGGUCUUUGACGGCGAGGGUCUCAAACUGAAGGCAGUGCGGAAAGAGCUAGAACAACAGAAACAUCGCGGUAGAGAAGAGAGGAGAAGGAAGGAGAAGGAAGGCAAGGUUUCGACAUUACCACCUGCACCCAUACCCGCACCAAUAUCCAUACCGAAAGCUCAGACCCCCAGCUCGACGCAUACACCUGUCCAGCCCGCAUGGCGACCCAGCCAUCAGCUCCCUGCACGCCCUGCACACAUCCCCUACACCAACGGACGCCUAUCACCUCCCCGCAGCAGAAGAGCACCGCCUGUCAUGAAAGCUAAAAUGAUGAACUCAGCACUGAGCACUCGUUUCCCAGCAGUAAAUGACGUUGCACCUAUGUCAUCCUCUUCAUCAACACCCAUCCAUAACCGCGGUCGUCCCUCACAUCAUAGUUCUACUCACGCUCCAGCACCUCCAUCCCGUUCACCUUCGCCUAUCUCCCGCCGCCCAGGACAAGGACGCCAUCAACAGCAGAGAGAGGCCACCAGUGCCACUGUCAUCGACGCCCUCGCCAAGAACGGCUUCGAGCAUGUCCGAAUAGAUCUCACAGGUGGCGCGAUGAUAUCUAUCCGUGAGGACGACGUGCGCGCGUUCUUCAAGGACUUCAAGGUCGACUGCGUCCUACGAGAUCACAACGCUUGGUAUGUUGCCUUCCAAACAAGCGACUCCGCACGACGCGCAGCCAUGGUGCUCAGCUCGCGAACACUUGGCCACCACUCGGUAACGCUCUCAGCUUGUCCUCCUCCUUCUCACGCCGCUCCUGUGGCUGCUGAAAAGACUAGCUGGACAAAGGAGGAGAUAGUUCAAAAAGCGGCGGAUACGAUCGUUAAAGAGCUCAAGGUUCUUUUGGAGAAGGACAUUACUGAGCGGGUGGCUGCUGCUGAUCUACGGAAGCUAGUUGCUGACGAGAAGGCCAAAUUUGCAGAGACGAAAGCUAGGGAGGGUCCAGAGAUGGUCAAUGAGCAACGGCCGGCUGAGAAGCGAGGUCUGAAAGGACUUUCAUUUCGGAAACCGAAGAGAAUAAGGGAGGAGGAGGCGAAGGCAUCCGUGGUCGAAGAAGAAGUCCCUCUUCUCGAGCCGGAAGAGCCUGUACCCGUUGAACCACCAAAGAAAAAGCGGAAGAAAGAGAUCGUCGCGAAGGUUACGAGGAUAGCUGAAUCAGACUUGGAGUCCGAGGAUGAGGAGAAUCUUGCACCUGAACCCCGGAAGCGGGCUGUUUCCGAGGUUCAUGAUGAGGAGCAGGAGCCUGUCAAGAAGAAGCCGAAGAAUGAUGCUGUACUCGAGGAUGACGAACAACAUGAGAAAGUCUUGUCGAAGAAGAAGGUCAUCAAGAAAAAGUCAGCAGCCAAGGUGGUUGUCGACGAGGUCAUCCGGCCCGACGAUUUGGAUUUCAAUGUUCCUGCUACUGCCAACAUCCACAUCUCAAAGGUGGAGUCAGUCUCACGCUCGCCUUCUCCUGUGCCAGAAUCACCGCGGCCUCCGAGUCUUCCUCCAGAUCCACUCGAGCAAGGUAUAUGCAAUGACGACGAGGACCUCUAUUUCGCUCGGCUGGCUAUGUCGGAUGACGCUUCAAACGUGUCGCACGUCUCGCCGCCUACUACCGAUACUGUACUAGCAUUUCGGAAGCAUCUCACAGGCUCAGCACGUACCGAAGGCUACUACAAGAUCUCUCAUGCCGAGAAAUCAGCCUAUGUCGCUCAAUACGCCCUACGAUCCACGAACGUCGAGUCAGUCGCUCCAACUGAAGCACCCGCUCAACCUGUCACCUCUUCCCGCUCGAACCGCGCCAAUGCUCGCCGCCGUGCUCAAGGUCUGGAAGAGAUCAACCAAGUACAGCGAGCUGUAGCUCUUUCAAAGGGCGAGACAGCCGCUGCAGAGCUGAGCAUCAAAUUCAACCAGCUCCAAACGCGGAAAAAAGCAUCUUCGAGGAUCGCGCGAGGGGAGAUGGUCAUUGAGUAUGUGGGCGAGAUCAUUCGGGCUCAAGUCGCCGAUAAGCGGGAAAAGGUCUAUGAACGGCAAGGGAUCGGAAGCAGUUAUUUGUUUCGGAUUGAUGAAGACCUUGUGGUGGACGCUACGAAGAAGGGGAAUCUAGGGCGCCUCAUUAAUCACUCAUGCGAUCCGAACUGUACUGCCAAAAUCAUCACUAUCAACGGCGAGAAGAAGAUUGUCAUCUAUGCCAAGCAGGAUAUCGAACUGGGCGAUGAAAUCACAUAUGAUUACCAUUUCCCCAUCGAGCAAGAUAAGAUCCCAUGCUUAUGUGGCUCUGCAAAGUGUCGCGGUUAUCUCAACUAG